AUGUCGGGCUACGGUGGCCGCCGCGCCCCCAAUUUCGCCCAGUACCUCGAGGACCUCAACACGAUUCCAUCCCCCUACGACCAGUCGCUGCAGCAGCAACAGAAUGAGUCGUUCAAUCUCGAUGCGGAGCUCGAGCUCUUCACCAACACCGAGUUUCUCGACUUUGGUCACUUUGGCGACAUGAGCAUGCCCCUCUCAUACGACCCCGCCGAGGACGACAAGACCCAGGACAAAAAGCAGGGCAAGCAGAGCGAUAUGAACUACAUGGACCUCUUGACUGACCUGAACAAUAUUCCCGAAUAUUCCGCCGACUUUACCUCUGCGUCCAACAACAUGCCGAUGACUUCGACAUUCCCAGUGCUUCCCCAUGUCGAUGAUUCUACAUUCAAAAGCCAUGCACAGACCCCGGCAGCAAAGUCCGGCGCAUCCUCGAUCGUGUCUACCCCCACGCCAGGCCCAACCGGGGGUAAACGCAAGCAGUCUCAAGACUCCAAGACUAGCGGCGAGCCGGCUCGCGCGGCCGCAGAAGAGGACAAGCGUCGUCGAAACACAGCCGCCAGCGCCCGCUUCCGUGUCAAGAAGAAGCAGCGCGAACAAGCCCUCGAACUCUCUGUCAAGGAAGCCAACGAGAAGAACAACAAGCUAGAAGCCCGCCUCUCGCAGCUCGAGCUUGAGAACAAGUGGUUGAAGAAUUUGAUCACCGAGAAAAACGGCGCCGAAGACUCGGCCGACGGGCACAAGAGCGAAAACGACAUUGCACAGAUGUUCAAGAAGUUCUUAGCCAACCAGAAGACUGACGGCAAGCGUCAAACCACCAACUCCAAGAUCGGUGUCGGCACUGCAUGA